CCGGCAAUGCAAAUAACGCGUGUGCGUGUGUGUCUCUGGGUUACCGUGUGGUGAUUGGUGCGCCGAUCACCGCAUAGUAAUAUCACUGUCAUCGUUUAUAGGUUAAAUAUUACAGGUAUUAGUAGAACAUUGGCAGGACAGUUAAAAAAAAAAAAAAAAAAGAGUCGAGUCUAUGUACAGGUUGUUAUAAUUGUCUCCUCGGCCCGGCGGUGGGUGGUGCCAACCAUCACUCGGCGGUUGAUUAUGAGGAGGAGCUAGCUGCAGAUGUUGACUGCUUGUGGACUAAAGCUAGCUUAUGCGACCGUGAAGCACGGCACGUGUGUUACUGCUUUCUUCACUGGAAAAAAAAGAAGAAAAAAAGAAAAAAAAAAGACGGAACGAAGAUUAGUCCAACAGAGAAGUACUCUUCUGCUUCAACAAUGGCUGUUUGAGACAGGCAGAGUCGUAGCCCUCCAGUGACACUCCCACCUCCCUUUCUCUUUUGCUUGUUCCACGCUACGCCUAUGAGCUCGCCCAGUAUUUAAUCGUCUUGUUCUUUCACCUCAUCUCAGUUUCUGGUGCUGCCAGGAAUCAGUCUGUCCUCUUUAUAACUCCCCUGUCACCUGAGUUGAAGCUGAGGGCUGUAAAUCCUUCAGAAUGGUUGCUGAGGUAGACACAGCAUCUCAGGGAAGUGGUGUGCGGCUGAAGCAGGAGAUUUCUCUCCUCCAUGGGGUCUGUCUCAUCGUUGGAAAUAUGAUCGGCUCUGGCAUCUUCGUCUCUCCUAAGGGGGUUCUGAUGUACACGGGCUCAUUUGGCCUGUCCCUGGUAGUAUGGGCCAUUGGAGGGAUAUUUUCUGUGUUUGGAGCAUUAUGCUAUGCUGAGCUGGGAACCACAAUCCGUAAAUCUGGAGCUUCCUACGCCUACAUCCUGGAGGCCUUUGGAGGCUUCUUGGCUUUUAUUCGCCUGUGGACGUCAUUGUUGAUAGUAGAGCCAGCCUGUCAGGCAGUGAUAGCCCUGACCUUUUCCAACUACCUGGUCCAGCCUUUCUACCCCACCUGUUCUGCCCCCUAUGAAGCCGUCCGUCUCAUCGCUGCCGUCAUCAUAUGUCUGUUGACUUGUGUGAACUGUAUGAAAGUGAAAUGGGGUGCUAUUCUUCAGGUCAUCUCCACUGUAGCCAAGGUCAUGGCUCUCAUCGUCAUCAUCAUUACUGGUCUGGUGAAGUUGGCACAAGGUUUUGACCAGAACUUCAAGAACUCAUUCAAAGGGUCCAAGUUGGACCCUGGUGACAUGGCCCUAGCCCUUUAUUCAGCACUCUACUCCUACUCAGGCUGGGACACGCUCAACUUUAUCACAGAGGAGAUCAAGAACCCACAGAGGAAUCUGCCCUUAUCCAUCGCUAUUUCCAUGCCCAUUGUCACAGUGAUCUACAUCUUGACCAACGUAGCCUAUUACGUCGUCAUGGAUGCAGAUAAAGUGCUCAACAGUGAAGCUGUUGCCGUGACAUUUGCAGAUGAGGUGCUGGGCUGGGCUCGCUGGCUGAUCCCUCUGUCUGUGGCCAUUUCCUGCUACGGAGGCCUCAACUCCUCCAUCAUUGCUGCUUCCAGGUUGUUUUUUGUUGGUUCCAGAGAAGGCCACCUACCUAAUAUCCUGUGCAUGAUCCACAUUCAGCGUUUCACUCCAAUUCCUGCCCUGCUUUUCAAUGGUGCCAUGUCUCUGUUCUACCUGUCCGUGCCUGAUGUUUUCCAGUUGAUCAACUACUUCAGUUUUAACUACUGGUUGUUUAUCGGCCUGUCAAUAGCCAGCCAGAUCUACCUUCGUUUCAAAGCCCCUGAUCUACACCGACCUGUUAAGCUGUCUUUGUUCUUCCCAAUCGUUUACUGCUUGUGCAGCAUAUUCCUGGUGGUGGUGCCCCUCUACAGCGACACCAUCAACUCUCUGGUAGGAAUUGCAGUGGCUUUGUCUGGGGCACCAGUCUACUACUUUUGCAUCCACUUGCCACCCAGCUCCAGACCUGCCUUCCUCGGAAAAAUACUCAAUAAGAUCUCUCUUUACACCCAAAAACUGUGCAUGUGUUGUGUGACCUCGCCUGAUAUUGAUCUCGACAACAUAGACCCAGAAAAGAUGGAAUGACAGAGCAACAAAGGACUCCAAAAUACAGAGUAUGGAGAGAUGCCAAGAUGAUGAAUAAAUAAUUGAAGCUGCAGACAAUCAGGAUUUUGAUGAGUAAGGCUUGAUUGAUUUAAAGGAAGAGGAGAAACAGAACAAAUGAGUUCAACACACCUCUAUUCCUCUUCCUCCUCCUCCUCUCAAACGUGAGCCCUAUGAAUAAUGGAACAGGAUUUUACUUAGAAUGAAUUUAAUUUUUGUACAUGAUAACCUUCCAACAAAUAGCACUGUACAGAUUAACUCUUGUUCACAUUCACAUGGUGUUAGAUGAUGCUGUGUCGGUUGUGCAAUUCCCUCCACACGUGCCCAUACACUGCAACUCACAAAAGCACACAGGCGAGCUGAAAGCCUUAGGGUGACACUAAAAACGUAUGGAAAUAAACAGCCUGGUCCAGAAUGAGUUGACUCAGCAGAGAGAUGAUUUAUUCAUAAACAGGACAGAGUUACAGACGAUACACAAGUGGGGUUCAAAAACGUCCUGUUACAUGUCUCAUGUGUUGUAUCAUGACUCUCAUGUUGAUGAAUUGAACUGAAGCUUGUGACCCCUCGUCACAUGGUUCAAAAUGUCAGCAGAUCAGUUUUCCUUGUUUGAGCACUUUCAGGGCCCUUAUCAUAAAAUCAGAUCAUAAAAUAACUCAUUAACUCACGAGCAAAAAAACCUCAAAUAGGAAACAGAAAAGGGGUUGGGAACCAUGGUUUUAAAGAAUUAUUAAAAAGGUGUGGACCUCAAGCUUGUGAUGGUCUUGAUAGGUUUGCAUUAAGAUCAGAUCUGUAAUUUACGUGUGUGUGUGUUUGUGUGUGUGUGUGUGUGUGUGUGUGUGUGUGUGUGUGGGGUUGGGGGUGUGGGUGUGGGUGGGUGGUGCUAAUCUUUUUAUGUACAAGUUUAAACAUCAAUGGUAUGCAGUCGGUAUGACAGCCGGAAAAUAAGUCCAGAGAGCGCUAUGAACAGUGACAAUUUUGCACAUAUUCUGUUUUGUUGUAAAACUACCUUGUUUAUAGAACGUUUAAUUCUGCUCUAUUACUGAACUGAAGGACCAAAUGAUCAGGUGUAGAGGUUUUGCAAAAAUUGGCUAGUUAAGGAGAAAGAGAUUAUUUACAAAGUGCUGUUGUUUCCUGCAGUUUGUUUAAGCUUGUUGUAAUGUGUCCGUUGACUCUUAGGGGUUUUAUUUAAGGAGUGAUAAUCUUAUAUGAUGAUAAAUGUGUCACCACGUAUAUCCUGUAUUUAUUCCACCUAAGUAAACCAUGUGAAAUGUUUUCUUGUUUCAGCCAAAUUCUUUGUUUGCAUCUUAAGGGCUAUAUUUGAUUUCUGGUGCCUCCUAGUGGUAGCUAAUAUUAACUUCCAUGGUCGAGUGACAAGUUUUUUUGUGUCAGUCAAGAGUUGAUCUAUAACUUGUGUGUUUUUUGUUUAUUCUGUUUCUGUCAUUUGCCACCUCAUUCUCUAUUUUCAUACAUUUACAAACACACAUUUGAGAGUAAUGUGUCUCAAGUGUCACUGAUAUCAAAAAAGGUUUUAAAAGUUUAAACUCAUAUACUGUUGUGACUGUUUCUAGAUUAAGCAAAUGUACCUGAUGAAGACUCCUCCAGGUUAUGAUUUUUUUCAGAAUGGGGUCUUUGUAGAUGAAAGCCUCAGGAUCAACCAUGCUGAUGUGCACAAAUCAUCAUCUUUGCUGAUAUUUAUUAUCUUUUUUUUUUUUUACCCACUUUGUCUUAAGAGUUUGUAUUGGAGGCAGGAUAUUUAAAGAAAUAUUGCCUUUUUGAAUAGAUCACCAACUUGGACCCCAUUUAUUCACGGUGCAUAACCAAAGGUCUUACAAAGCCUGAGAGUCAAACCAUCUAUGUGCUCACAGAGUAGUGAGCCUGUAGCAACGUAUCUCUGAUCUUUAGUGUGAGAAUGAUAACUGUAUGAUGUUGAACUACAGGUAGAAACAAGUCAAACUUUGAUUUUUGUGUUGUACUGUAGUCCUCAUUAACUGUACGUGCCUUCUGUGAAUAUGGUCUGCUUUUGAUAUUGUAAUGUAGCCUUUGCGUACAGUGUCUUGAUCACAAUCAUACUGACACACAUUGCUGUAAGGUUUGCCAAAAGUUCUUCAGGUUGUCGUCAUCUGUUGAUCGCCCCCCCGGGAGAUGUUGUAGUUGAGUUCUGUUAACUGACAGCUGGAAAUAAUAGGGCCUUAGCUUGAACCCUAUUUAGUGUCUUUACUUGAGCACUUCCACAACUCCAGCCAGAACAGGCACACAGAUAUUUGUUUAAUGUUAAUUUCUCUGGGGUAAACAUCAUCAUUUAAACCAAACUAGUCAAUCGUCAUAUAUCUGCGCUAAAGAAUAUUCUCCAUUUAUUUCCAUAUACGGUCAUAUUACUGUUAAAUACUAAGAAAACACAGGACUUGAAUGUUAGUGUAACACAAAUCUGUUGUGUUCCAUUAGGUACCAAAUGUCUGUGUUCUGGUUGGGUUGUGUUUGUUGACAAAGUUGUGUUCUGUGUAUUUGUAGAAUUGUGUCUGAGGUGCUUGCUUUGUUCACUGUUUUUAUUUAUUAUGUUUUGGACAUGGACAGCACGAAUGGAAAGCUUUUGAGUGGAGGAAGUCCUUUGUCCAAGCUGAGGCAGCAGUGUGCUGUGUGUUUUUAUCUAAAUAAAGGCAAGUGCAGAAUGUGCAUUGUAAACACU